CACAAGUCUCAAUAUACAUUUGGGCAGAUACUGAUUUGAGACGUACUUGAAAAAUGUGAAGCUCUCUUUUAAAGCCUUAUUCUGAAUUAAACACUGAACUUGAUUUACAUUUUCAGAAGUAAUGUAAUGUAAUGAAACCAUGAAGUAGGAUUGACAGAAUACCUGACUCAAUUUACUGCCUUCUAAUUUAUCUGAAUGACAAUAUUUGAACAUUUUGAAAAGACAUAAAGGAAAAUCUGAAAUAAUAUAACUCAGUGUGAAUAAGUAGGCUAACCUAUGCCCUUAAAAGUGAGAGUGGAACAGACUUGCUUGCCAUCUGGAAGGCCCAGCACUGUGUUACUCUAUUCUGUGGAUCUUUUAACCAUUAAUCAUUCAUUAUCUGCAGACCACAGCCUUCCCCUGGAGAGGAAACACUCUGCCAGUUGAUAAAGAGAGGAGAGAUAAGCAUCCACAAUAUAAACACGCUGGAGAAAAAAACAUACCGCUGCUGCUAUAAUAUCCAAGUAUAGAGACGAUUGACUUCUGUGAGGCAGUGACAGGUGCGCCACAUUGUUCCAACAGGUGUGUUUUCAUCAGUGGAGGCUGAGAAACGUCUUGAUCCAGCACUCGGUAAAGAGGAUUUAGAGAAAUGUGUACUUUGGCAGCAGAUCUUUUUAAAGAGGAAAGUAAAGGCUGUCACUUGUUCACGCUUUAACAGCCACACAGAAGAAAGGAAAUCACUUUUGAAACAGCAGAGAAGGCCUCCCCCUCUCCGCCAUGCUUCCCGCUCAGGAGGCAGCCAAAAUCUACCACACCAACUACGUGCGUAACGCCCGGGCCGUGGGCGUGCUGUGGACGGUGUUCACCAUCACCUUCGCCGUCAUCACCGUGGUGGUAUUCAUCCAGCCGUACUGGAUCGGGGACAGCGUCAACACGCCGCAGGCCGGAUACUUCGGCCUCUUCCACUACUGCAUCGGGAACGCGCUCACCUCGGAGCUCACCUGCAAAGGGAGCGCGCUGGACUUCGGCUCCAUCCCGUCCGGCGCCUUCAAGACGGCCAUGUUCUUCGUGGGGAUCUCCAUGCUGCUCGUGGUGGGCAGCAUCGUCUGCUUCAGCCUCUUCUUCUUCUGCAACGCGGGGAGCGUGUACAAGAUCUGCGCCUGGAUGCAGCUGGCCUCCAGUACAUGCAUGGUGAUUGGCUGUAUGAUCUAUCCUGACGGCUGGGAUUCAGAGGAGGUGAAGCGCAUGUGUGGCCAGCGGACCGACAAAUACACCCUGGGCAACUGCACGGUGCGCUGGGCCUACAUUCUGGCCAUCAUCAGCAUCAUGGACUCACUCAUCCUCUCCUUCCUGGCCUUCAGCCUGGGCAGCCGGCAGGACAAGCUGCUGCCCGAGGACUUCCAGGUGGAGGAGAAAGAUAACGCAUAGACCCGCCUGAGGAAAACAGGGACCAGAAAUGGACAGGAACUGAAAAGGAGCACUGCUGACUCGGGGGGAUUCAAAUGUAUCCUAAGGCUUCAGGACUGUUAAUUAAAAUCAAAAAUUAACUAAGGAGGAGCUCAUCUUGUCCUCAAAAUUGCCACAGCUUAUCAACAGACAUUUUAAAACAUGGGAGAGUCACUGGCCAUCUCUCCCUCUAACCUUAUCGCUUUAGGUUUUCCACAUUAAGUGCUACUUUUGGUUAAAGUCAUUUCAAUGAAUAUGUGGACUGUGCUCUCAAGAUUACAGGUAAAUGUAAAGCUGCACAUAACUUACUUAUGGAUUCUCCAAAGUGCUGAGUUUUCUAAGCUACAACAUUAAUCCAUUUGAAAUGUUAAAAUGAACAUCUUGUGGUACUGAAAAUAAAAUACACAUCUUGCUUCUGGA